AUGUCGCGUCCAUCGCCCGUUCGCGCGUCGGCCCGUGGACCACGCGCGCGCGCUCGAGCGCGCGCGAGCGCGCGCGAGGGCGCGUUCGAGUGCGCGUCGCACCCGCGGUGCGCCGGGUGCGCGCGCGUGGACGCACCGUUGGACCCGGAGGUGUUGACGCGCGUUCGCGCGUACUUUGGUGAUGACCACGUCACGUUUCGAGGGUCGUCCACGCGCUGGCGGUGUAAAGCGAAGCUCGCGGUGCGGGAGGAUGAUCACGGGGUGUCGCUCGGGUUGUUCGCGCGCGGGACGCACGAUGUGGUGGCGAUGGAGACGUGCGCGGUGUCGCAUCGCGCGGUGGACCGGGCGGCGGCGUUGACGCGGGAGACGUGUCGGGCGAUGGGCGUCGAGGCGUACGACGAGUCGAGCGGACGGGGGGAGCUGCGAUACGUGCAGGUGGUGGUGCAGGGGGUGUCGAGUGCGGGUGCGCGGAAUCCGUCGAGGGAUGGUGAACGCGCGCGCGCGUCGAUUUCGCUGGUGUGGAACGCGAGCGAAAUGACGAAGCGCGUAGAGGAUGUGUGCGACGAUUUAGCGAGGAGAGGAGGGCGUGAAUUCGUGCACGGGGUGUGGGUGAAUUUGCAGGAUGCGCGGACGAACACGAUAUUUAACGACCGAGGGUGGACGCACGUGCGCGGCGAGCGGUUGACGUCGUUGGCGACGCCGGAUGGGACGCCAAUUUAUUACCUUCCGGGAAGUUUUAUGCAAGCGAACGCGGAGGCGUACGGUGCGCUGUUAGAACGCAUGCCUCGCCACGUUCCGCGCGGCGCCCGAAUCACCGAGAUGUACGCCGGAACGGGGGCGAUUGGCUUCUCGCUCCUGAUGAACGCCGAGCUCGACGUGCAAAGUCUUCGAUGCGUUGAAUCGUCGUCCGCGGUGAAAGAGGCGUGGGAGCGAACGCGUGAUGAACUACCUAGUGGCGUGAAGUCUAAAGCGAGUCUGCGAGUCGAAAAGGCGGACAGAGUUGUCGUGGAAUCGACGAAGGACUGCGACGUGCUCAUCGUCGAUCCGCCUCGUAAAGGUUUGGGCGCGACGGUUCGGUCCGCCCUGACGAGCGACACGUUGAGCGCCGACUUGAAGGUACUCAUGUACGUCUCGUGUGGAUUCGAUUCUUUCCAGCGCGAUGCGGACGAGUUAAUACGAAGCGGAAUGUGGCGGUUGGCGCACCACGAGUCUUUCAUUUUCUUCCCGGCGACGAAUCACGUCGAGGUGUUUGCCGUGUUCGAACGCGCUUAG